GCGGAACAAAACAGCCUUCCAACAAACCUAAAAGCUCCACCUCUACUCCCCCGUGAACUCUUCUCCUAAUUGGCAGCUCGGCGCAUGGGAUGAUGCGGGCGGCUGCGGGCCGGCCCUGCAGUGCCAAACCGCAACAUUCUUAUCCGGCUGGAGAGGGAGAGGGCUGCCCGGGCUGGACCCCACGAUCCUGAUCCGUCACCGUGAGAAACCGGCGGGGACGCCGCCCCUCCUGCGGCUGGAGCGCUUCCAGAGCAGAGGCGCAUCGCAGUGCCGCUCGCCCAGGCGUCCUCCCUCCAGCUCCGACUCCUCCUCCUCCCCUCCAGCCCCGGCGCCCGCAGCGGGCUCCAAGAGGCGGUCGGGCGCGCCUCCCCCUCUUCGUUCUCCCCCUCGUCUCUCUCUCUCGCGGCUAACUUUCCCGAGCCCCAACCCGCUACGCGGAGCACCCCCGCCUGCUGCCGGGCCCAGAGCCGACCUCGGGCGGAGAGUGCGGGGGUGCCCACUAUCUCAUCCCAAGCCCUCGGAGCGCUCCGGAGAGAACAGGACCAUGUUCUGGGCUGGGGACCGAGGCAAAACCCUGGCGAGAUGGCUGGGCACUGGGCUUUUGGGUCUCUUCCUGCUCCCUAUGUCCUGGUCGUUGGAGGUGUCUGUGGGAAAGGCCACCACCAUCUACGCUAUCAAUGGCUCAGCGAUCCUGCUGCCUUGCACCUUCUCCAGCUGUUUUGGCUUCGAGAAUCUCUACUUCAGGUGGUCCUACAAUAGCACCGAUACGUACAAGAUCCUCAUAGACGGCAUUGUGAAGAACGAGAAGUCUGACCCCAAGGUGAGGACUAAGGACGAUGACCGUAUUACCCUGGAGGGCUCCACCAAGGAGAAGAUGAACAACAUCUCCAUCCUGCUGAGUGACCUGGAGUUCAGUGACACCGGCAAAUAUACCUGCUUCGUGAGGAACCCCAAAGAGAAGGACCUGAACAACUCUGCCACCAUCUUCCUCCAAGUGGUUGAUAAGUUGGAAGAAGUGGACAAUACGGUGACGCUCAUCAUCCUGGCUGUGGUGGGCGGGGUCAUUGGACUCCUGGUUUGCAUUCUGCUGCUGAAAAAGCUCAUCACCUUCAUCCUCAAGAAGACCCGAGAAAAGAAGAAGGAGUGUCUUGUGAGUUCCUCUGGGAAUGACAACACAGAGAACGGGCUUCCUGGCUCCAAGGCAGAAGAGAAGCCACCCACGAAAGUGUGAGGCCCUGCUCGGGCCAAGCAGUGCAGGGAGCCUCACUUUCUAAUGGUGACAUGGAUGCCUGGGUUCUGUCUGUAGACACCCACUGAGAUGUGUGCGGCUUGGCCCAAACUGUAGUCUCUCCGAGCAGAAGAACCUGAUCCUGUCCUGCCCAGCCUGCACUACCAUUCUCCCCCUAGCCAGAGCUUCCCAGGGCAAGGGCUGUCUAGGGGGGAAGCCUAUAGGAGGUCGAAGAAAGGGAAAGGCAGGGAUGGAGUGGUGUGGAAGGGUUGGUCCCUGGCACCUGGGAAAAUGGGGUCCCCUUUAGACUUCCCACCUCUCUGAACCCUCACUUUCCCCUCUUUUCCCACUUAUCCUUCACCAGGAAAUAGGGGUGACCAGAAGGCUGCUCCCAAAGCUGGUGUUCAGAAAUGGGUGAAGGAUGAGAACUUGAGAUGCUGGGAAUGUGCUAGAACUCUAGGGUGGAGUCUGCUGGAAGGGGGGGGGGCAGUUCAGAGAUGCUGGCUGGGCUUUGAAGAAUGUCAGGCUUCCAGAAAUUCCUUCAGAGGAGACUUCUCUUCCCCCACCCCAAAACACCUGCACACACUGUCCUGGCUCCAUGUCCAGCCUUCUGCUCUGAAUCUGUAGGACCUCCACCCCCAGGUCAGCCUGGAUGCCCUGAACUUCAAAUGUCCCAGUCUACAGCAGCUGAGGAGGCUUGUGGGGAGGCCCUCCCUCCAUCCUCCCUGGAGCACUGGGAUGCUAUAUGCAUCUUUUCUCGCUUUGCUUCUCGGGUUUCAGAGGUGGGGGAACAGCGUCUCCACCCUCCCAGCCUUUGGAAUGUCUAUCCCAGCCCUACAGGACUGACAACCCUUAUCCUUGGCAUGGCGGGACCAUGCCACCCUGGCACUCCCGGAGCUCAGUUUUCCCCACUUCUGCCCUUCUCUUGAAACAGCUGUUGUUGCCACCUUACUUGAGGAAUGGUUUCCUAGGACCUUCUGUCUUAUCCCUUUGCUCCUCCUAUGUUCCUCCAGCAUGUCUGGCCUUCCCCAGCCCUGGGUCUGCCUUUGCCUCAGGGACCCUUGUUUCCAGAGAAGGCCCUUGGCUCUUCCAGCUGCUUUCUGCCCAGCUGGGUCAGCUCCUCUCCUAGCCUGAGGUUGAGGAGGAGCAGAGAGCGGGUUCUUACACCCUCUCUCUCCUUCCUGCAGAGCCGGUUUGCACACCCCUCGAGUGUGGGGCUAGAUUGUGCCUUAGCUCCCUGAGUCCCGGUUCUUACCCCAUUUUCCUUUGGCUCAUACUCCCUGACUUAAUUCCACAGUCUGGUGUGACAAUGGUGGGGUUCCCCAGCUCCCCUCCCCAAGGUCAUGGGGGAGGCCAUGCAGCUGGAGCUGUGUUAACAGUGGCCCUUUGGCUGGUGGCAGUCUGGAAGACACCUGUGGGGUGUCUCGUCCUUGUCCUUGACGUGAAGAUGGGUGGCUAUGGGAUAUGAAGUGUGAUAACAGGGGUACCUCCAACUCCCUCAUCAGGUUUAUGAUACUCUUGGGUCCUCAGAAGAUGAAGACCAUUCCUCUUUCUAGGGAGUAUAAGGCCUGCUGCAGGCUCUGCCCAGGAGUAGCUGAAGGCUUACCCCAAAGUGGAAGUGGGGGUCUCAGGAGCAAUAGGGCCUGUAGGGGGCCUGAGGCAAUGGCUCGCGUCUCUUGCCCGAGCCCAGGAGCUCACAGGUCCUUACCUCCUCUCUUCCUGUCCUUUACAUGGAACCCAAUGUGGGCUGGGGUAAAAGCUGCCCUUCUCCCGCUUUUUAUUUCAUUUGAGACAGAGUCUCAGGUAGCCCAGGCUGACCUCCAACUUCCUACA